CAGUAGGCAUGGCUGGCUGCGAGGGUUGCUAUGAGGGUUCAGUGUAGUGUAGAAUGAAUUCCAGCAUGCAUGAGCUAGACUGAAGAGCUUGCACUUUAGGUACAGCUAUCUGGAGACCCCCGCUACCUCGGUUUCUUCAUAAGACCCCUCCGAGAUUUCCACCAUGUCCGGUUCCGUGUCCUUCAAGGAGCUACUGAAAUUUGCAAUAGGUUCUCCAGAACUUGGUGCCGUCAACUUCAAUGCCCUCUACUCCCUGCUCUAUGGUCUCCUGGAACACCUGCAGGCGGGGGACGUACGGAAGAAGUUGUCCCAGGAGGAGAGGGAAUUUAUACAGCCGGAGCAAAUUCAUGUGGACGACUCUGGGAAACCAUCCACCCUAUUCCACCACCUGCAGGACAAGAUGGCUCAGAUGGAGGCCAAGCUCCAACACCUAGAUGCUCUGCCCAGCUCCACGAGUCUCUUGCAAGCCAGCCAGUCCCAGAAGAAGCCUGUGGAGGAGAUGUGGCAGCUAAUGCAGCUGAAGAAGAAAACAGAGAUGAACGAAGAUGGAGUCAACAAGGCCAUGAGCGCCUUCCAGGAAUUACUCAGCACAUUCAAUUCCCUCAGGGAGACCAACAACAUGAUCCAAGAAAGGCUGGCGACUCUUGGUGACCAAAUGGCAAAGAUAAAUAUCCGAGAGAUGGAGAGGAGACUACAAGAUCUGGACGGGAGGACACAACAUAUCCCCCUGCUAGAAGACAAGCUGGAGAAUCUGCAGAAAAGGCUCCAUUCGUAUCCGGAGCAGUCUGAGCUGGUGACCUGGGCAUUGCUACACGAUGCCUUCACUGACAAGACUGCAGACUGGGCCCUCAGCAACGAAACCAAGCAGCGUAAUGUAAAGAGAAUCCUGAACGGUCUAGGGACGCUGCCCGGAAAACAUGACGGUCUAGAGAGUCGAGUUCAGGAUAUCGAGCAAGAGCUGAAAAAGCUGAAUCAAGAGAUGGGUAAGAUGGCUCUUCCUGAGGAUCUGCUGAAGCAGUUGCGGACUCUGAGGACGGAUGUGGACAGUCUGUUCUCUGAGAAUAAGAAGGACAAGAUAGACCUGAACGCCCUGAAGACCGGACUGCAUGAUCUGAAUAUGGCUCUACAACGACUGGACACCAGAACUGACAAACUGGCAGCAGACCUGGCUGAGAGCGCGACCCUCCAGAGUCAGAUCGAUGAGCUGGAGAAGAAGAAGCUGGAUCGGGAGGACUUCCUGUUGGAGCUGAAUUUGAAAGCUGACAAACGGGCGCUGGAGAGCAAGGUGGGGCACGCCCAGUUGGAGGCCACCAUCGGCGAGGUCAAUGCCGUGCUAGAGGAUCUGAUCAAGAAACUGGCAGCACAGGAGUCCGAGUGGCGGAACAUGCUGGCCAAGCUGCUGGCGGGGCUGGAGGCUAAGCUCGGCCGCUCCGACUUGGACUCCAUUCACAAAGACCUGGAGGAUCUCUGGAGGUUCCUGAAGAAGCAUCUCAACUCCGGCCAAGCCUUCGAUCCAGACGGUGCGGCGGGCUUCAGGAAGAAACUGUUCGAGAGAGUCAAGUGCAUUUCAUGUGACCGUCCUGUAACCAUGGCGACCGGACCACAUCUUGUCACCGUGCGUUCUCUUAACCCCCGGAACGCCUCUAACAGCGGAGACUACAACAAGAAUUCCGUGGACCCCUCUCACCUGUCAGAGCUCGAAUUCCAGUACGAGCCCCCGAGACCCCACACGUCCUGCACGUUCCACCGAAAGACAUCCCGAAACCAGAACCUCACCACGGUCUACCCGUACGGAGACCCCGGGCAAGUCCAGUACAAGAACUCGGAGUUUGACCUGAUGGGGAUCGAUGGUGUAAUGUACAAAGGCCGCAUAGACAAGAGUUACCCGGCUUACAUUCCUGAGAGGGACCCCCCAGUGAAGACUCCUCAGCCGCCAUACAGGAUGGAAAGAGCGCGUUCAGCGACCCCGCACUACAGGACCUCCAGCGCCCCCACCUCACGGCCCCUCAGUCACUCCGCCCACUCCUCCCGCACCGGACUACAGGCGCCAUCUACCACAGACGCCGCGCAGCCCACAUUUCACGUGCCGUCAGCCACAGAGGACACAAGCAUUCUGCAGCAACCAAUCAACAGCCAGGAGCAGGCCGUCUGACCAAUGAUGAGGCCUUCAGUCAGAGGCCAUCGCCCUCAACGCCAUCCCUGCUGCCACCUACUGCUGGGCACCUACCCCCCCCCCCCCCCAGGACUUUAUAACUGGA